AUGAGCCGUCGCAUCUACACGUGUACCUACUCGGUCGUCUGCGGUGCAACAUCAACCUCGCUUCUUAUUCUGCUUGGAAGCACACUAGAGUCACUGGACAGAUUGCUCCUUUCCGCGAGCCUUGCCCUUCGCAUAGUCGCCACGCCUUUGCCCCCGAACACGGCAGUUUUAUGUCUGCCCUGA